AGCCCGGCCCGAAGGCGGCCCCGUUCCUUUCCCCUCACCUUCCCACCUCUAUAUAAGAUGCAGCCGCACGCCGCGAGCCCCAAAAAGGGCAAAAUUAAAUCCCUUUCGAACCCUCUUCGCAACCCCCGAUUUCUCGAGUCCUUAAUCCCAAAGCUCUUCGACGCCAAAGCGAUCUGAUCUGAUGUAGCUACCAUCUGAUCUGCAGCCCAGAUUAGAUUGAGUUUUGUGUUAUUGGAGACAAAAAAGUAGUUUUGUUAUUAGGGUUUCGUUUUCUGGGUUUUAGUGGUCAGUGAGAGUUAGAUUAGUGAGCUGCAUUUUGGUGAUUUUAUGAGAAUUGGAGGUCAAGAUGCCAUCUUACAAGCAGUUUUCCCGAAUUGAUACCAUGGAGCUUAAAUCUCAGCUUUUCAAGAAGCUUGGGCGGCAAAAAGCCGAGAAGUAUUUCUAUAAUCUGAAAAGAUUACUCCACCUGAAACUUAGCAAGUUACAAUUUGAUAAGUUGUGCUAUAGUACUAUUGGGAAGGAAAAUGUUGCUAUUCACAAUAUGUUCAUCCGUUCGAUCCUUGGCAAUGCAUGUCUUGCCCUGGGCCCGCCUAGCAAAGAGACAGUCACAGGGAACUCUCGGACCAGCAAAUUGUCGAGCUUUAGAGACACAUUCCCAACAUCCCCUCAAAGGGGAAGGUCUAUAAGUACUAGGGAUCACAGAUUCAGUGACCGUCCAAAGCCCCUCGGGCCUUAUGCAAAGAUGCCUCCUAGACAUGUGCAAGAAGUCACUAAUUCUUGCGACUUGCAGAGGUCACAUGAGCAGCAAAGCGCUCGAGAGUUGAUAUCCAUUGGCAGCAAAGCUUUGUUAGAAGUUGCAUCUGUGGAAGAUGGAGAAGAGGUUGAACAAGCGAGAGCUAGUCCGAGUGUUCAAAGUAGAAGCCCUGUAAGGUCACCCCUGGGCAUUCCAAAGACUGCCGGUGCUCUUCCCCGUAAAACAUUUAGCAGUGGUUUUGCAGCAGGCUUUCAUCUUUCUAAUUCAUAUGUUCCUGAGUCUUGUCAUAGUAGUUCUGAGCUGACUGAUACAAGAUCUUUAAGGAAGCAGUUGGAGCAUAAGUUGAAGGUUGAAGGCUUUGGUUUAUCAGUGGACUGUACUAAUUUGUUGAAUAAUGGUUUGGAUGCAUUUUUAAAGAGGUUGAUCAAACCCUGUAUGGACUUAGCUAGAGCGAGGUGCAGCAAUAGGAGGAUAAGUCAAACAAAUGGGAGGAUUUUUCCUGGUAUAAAUGGUAUGUGGCAAGAAGAACAGGUGCAAGGGUCAAAUCAACGUUAUUAUGUCUCAUUAUUAGAUUUUUGGGUGGCAAUGGAAUUGAAUCCUCAGUUGCUUGGUGGCGAUUGGCCUGUACAGCUUGAAAAGACAUGCUCGCAUCUGUUGGAAGAAUGAACCAUAGCUUGAAAUACGAUUUCAGUCUCGUUGAUUGCCUCUGCAAGUAGUACUUAAAGGAUCGACGGGCCUCAUGAGCCUUUGAUACUAUUGAAGCAACACAGUAUGUCAUUAGGCACAAAGUACAGGAAAAAACAUUAGUAAGAGACCACAGAGUUUACUCACAAGAAAUUUCAAGUUGCAAACAAUUCAUUAUGCCUUCCAUGCAGAAUAAAUUCCAUGUGCCUUCCUUAGGAUUGAAUUGAAGUGACAUAUAGGUGUCACUACUGAAGCCUCCAUUUUCUCUUUACCAUGCUUGUAAAUAAAGUGUCGCUUCUUGAUUUUUGUGCCUAUUGAUAGACCUAUUUUUUUGGUUUAGAUAAGCUGAUUAUAAAUUCAUUAUUCUUGUCUGUUUUGUUGGAACUAAUUUUACUACUGAUAUAAGCAUACAUGAUUGCUUAUCAUUUCCUUGUUACA